AUGGAUCUGGUCUCCCUCAGCUGUGGACACCAAUCCUGCAGGCAAUGUUUAAGGUCCCAAUUGGUCCAGUCUGCUCCAUCAGUGCCCUCCUUUUGUCUCAAGUGUGAAGAAAGGAUAACAACAGGAGCUGAACGUCUGAUAGGCAGUCAAAGCAAAUAUGCAGCAGCAAAUGAUGGUCUGCAGGAGGUUCUAGAGGAACAUAAAAUCGAUCUGAAGAGGAGAUGUGAACGUGUGGCCGAAGGAAUUGAUGAAAAAGGAAGCAGAACCCUCCUCAACAGGAUUUACACUGAACUCUACAUCACAGAGGGACAGAGUGAAGAGGUUAAUACCCAACAUGAGGUGAAGCAGCUGGAGAGAGCUUCCAAGAUCCAGAACCUCCAUGAUUCUCCAAUCAGAUGCCAGGACAUUUUCAAAGCCUUAGCUGACCAACAUGGAGCCAUUAGAGUGGUUUUGACCAACGGCGUUGCUGGUGUUGGAAAAACCUUCUCAGUGCAGAAGUUCACUCUGGACUGGGCAGAGGGCUUGGAGAACCAAGAUGUCAGUGUGGUGGUUCUGCUUUCCUUCAGGGAGCUGAACCUGAUCAGAGAUCAGCAGCACAGUCUUCUCACGCUGCUCCAUGUUUUUCAUCCAACCCUCCAGAAGCUCCCAGCAGAGAAGCUGGAUGUCUUGAAGAUUCUCUUCAUCUUUGAUGGCCUGGAUGAAAGCAGACUUUCUCUGGACUUCAUCAACAGUCAGCUUGUUUCCGACAUCACACAGAAGUCAUCAGUCAAUGUUUUGCUGGUGAACCUCAUCAAGGGGAACCUGCUUCCCUCAGCUCUCAUCUGGAUAACUUCCCGACCUGCGGCGGCCAAUCGGAUCCCUCUGUCCUGUGUUUCUAGGAUAACAGAAGUACGAGGCUUCACUGAUGCCCAGAAGGAGGAGUACUUCAGGAGGAGGUUCAGUAAUGAAGAGGAGAAGGCCAGCAGGAUCAUCUCCCACAUUAAGACCUCCAGGAGCCUCUUCAUCAUGUGUGGGAUCCCAGUGUUCUGCUGGAUCACUGCUACAGUUCUGGAGAACCUGUUGACCACAGAGCAGACAGGAGAGCUGCCCAAGACCAUGACUGACAUGUACUCACACUUCCUGCUGGUCCAGACCUUGAGAAAGAAGAACAAGUAUGAUGAAGGACAUGAGACGAGUCCACAGGAGCUGACAAAAGCUGACAGGAAAAUUCUUCUGAAGCUGGGGAGGUUGGCGUUUGAGCAUCUAGAGAAAGGAAACAUCCUAUUUUACCAAGACGACCUGGAGCUGUGUGGUCUGGAUGUCACAGAGGCCUCUGUGUUCUCAGGAGUUUGUACAGAGAUCUUCAAAAGAGAGAACGUUUUCUUUCAGAAACCAGUCUACUGCUUUGUUCAUCUGAGCAUCCAGGAGUUUCUGGCUGCAGUCUACAUGCUCCACUGUUUGACCAGCAAGAACAGAGAGGUGAUAGAAAACUUCCUGGGAGAAUGUCAUCCCAACAGAAACACAAGGGGGAUCAAGAAUUUCCUGCAAAAAAAGUGCAUUAAAACAUCUCUGGAUGUCUUUUUGAAAAAAGCCACAGAGAAAUCUCUCUGCAGUAGGAAUGGGAACCUGGACCUGUUUGUCCGCUUCCUUCAUGGCCUCUCUGUGGAAUCAAACCAGAGAAUCAUGGGAGGCUUGAUAGGUCAGAUGACGAACAGUUCAGACACAGUACAGAAAGUCACCAACAAUCUGAAGGAGAUGAACACUGAUGACAUCUCUCCUGAAAGAAGCAUCAACAUCUUUCACUGUCUGAUGGAAAUUAAGGACCUCUCCGUUUAUCAGGAGAUCCAACAGUUCCUGAAAUCAGAAAACAGAUCAGAGAAAAAGCUCUCAGAGAUCCAGUGCUCAGCUCUGGCCUACAUGUUGCAGAUGUCCGAGGAGGUUCAGGAUGAGCUGGAUCUGGACAAGUACAACACAACAGUUGAGGGACGACUGAGACUGAUUCCAGCCAUGAGGAAUUGCAAAAAGGCUCGGUUGCAGAGAUGCAGUUUGUCAGAGAUCAGCUGUGCUUCUCUAACCUCAGCUCUGGAGUCCAACCCCUCCCAUCUUACAGAACUGGACCUGAGUGACAAUAACCUUAAAGACACAGGAGUGAAGCAGCUCUGUGGGUUUUUACAGCUUCCCCUCUCCAAACUACAGAUACUAAAGUUGGAGAAGUGCAGUUUAUCAGAGAUCAGCUGUGCUUCUCUGGUCUCAGCUCUGAAGUCCAACCCCUCCCAUCUGACAGAACUGGACCUGAGCUGGAACAAAGACAUUAAAGAUUCUGGAGUGAAUAAGCUCUGCUAUUUUUUACAGACUCCCAUCUGCAAACUUCAAAUAUUAAGAUUGGUGAACUGCCGUUUGUCACAGAUUAGUUGUGCCUCCCUGGGCUCAGCUCUAAAGUCCAACCCCUCCCAUCUGAUAGAACUGAAUCUUAGUCAGAACUAUGACCUCAGAGAUACAGGAGUGAAAGAGCUCUGUGGGUUUCUACAGAUUCCCCUCUGCAAACUCCAGAUUUUAAGAUUGGAGCAUUGCAGGUUGUCAGAGAACAGCUGUACAUCCCUUGUGUCCGCUCUGAAAUCCAACCCCUCACAUCUGACAGAACUGGACCUAAGCUGCAAUGACCUGAAAGAUACAGGAGUGAAUGAGCUCUGUGGUUUUCUCCAGAUGCCCCUUUGCAAACUACAGACAUUGAAAUUGAAGGGCUGCAGGCUGUCAGAGCUCAGCUGUGCCUUUCUGGCCUUAGCUCUGAAGUUCAAUCCAUCCAAUAUGACAGAACUGGACCUUGGCCAGAACAACCUGCAAGAUGCUGGUGUGAAACAGCUCUGUGGGUUUUUACAGGCUCCCUUAUGCAAACUACAAAUAUUAAGAUUGGAGAACUGCAAGUUAUCAGAUGUCAGCUGUGGUUCUCUGGGUUUAGCUAUAAAGUCCAACCCCUCCAAUCUGACAGAACUGGAUUUGAGUCAGAACAACCUGAGAGAUACUGGAGUGAAGAAACUCUGUGGUUUCCUCCAGAUCCCUCUCUGCAAACUACAGAUAUUGAGAUUGGCGAGCUGCAAUUUGUCGAGGUGGAGCUGUACAUCUCUGGUGUCAGCUCUGAAGUCCAACCCCUCACAUCUGAUGGAAUUGGACCUGAAGAACAACAACCUACAGGAAUCCGAUGUUCAGCAGCUGGAGGAUCUUGAAAUAAAUCCAGGCUACAAACUCAAUUAUGUGGAGUGGAGGUUCUAAUCAUUGUGAAGAUAGAAGCUGAUCUGUGUCCUGAUGAUCCACAGAGGUUGAAGCUGCAG